AUGCCCAAAGUUGCUAUUGCUGGAGCCGGUCUUGUGGGAGCACUCAAUGCCUGUUAUUUUGCUGAACGAGGAUGGGAUGUCGAAGUGUACGAAUAUAGACGAGAUAUACGUACUAUGGAACACGUGCCCGGCCGCAGUAUUAAUUUGGCGUUAUCGCACAGAGGUAAAUGUGCUUUGGAAGCGAUCGGGUUGAAGGAUUACAUUGUUAAUCAAGGGGUGGAACUGCAUGCUCGUUUGGUUCACGGCAAAGACGGGAAAACGUUCAGUCGACAACCCUAUGGGCAACCUGGCGAACAUAUCGUGUCGAUAAACCGCAGACACCUUAAUGAGGCGAUGAUCACUCAAGCCGAAAAGAAGCCAAAACUCUUUACUUUGUAUGUGUUUUUUUACAGCGUGAACGAUUCCGAAGUCCAUGUGAAAGCAGAUCUCAUACUCGGUUGUGAUGGAGCAUACUCGGCUGUGAGAAAAAGCCUAUCCAACUAUCCAGGAUUUAACUACUCGCAAGAGUACAUAGCACACGGUUACAUUGAACUGAACAUCCUGCCAAAAAAUGGUGAGUACGCUCUCGAGCCAAACGUUUUUCACUUGUGGCCACGAGGUCACUUUACCUUGAUAGCCUUGGCGAACCGUGACAAAACUUUUACAGUGACGAUAUUCGCGCCAUUUUCGGUGUUCGAAGAGGAAAUGUCAACGCCAGAGGAUGUCGAGUCGUUUUUUAAAGAGAACUUCCCCGAUGCGUAUGAACUGCUUGGGAGAGAUCAUCUGCUCGGCAUUUUCCGUUCUGUGCGUCCACAAUCACUCAUAUCUAUAAAGUGUCAGCCGCAUCAUUUCUCCGAUUUCGUGCUGCUCACUGGUGACGCGGCCCACGCCAUGGUGCCCUUUUACGGCCAAGGAAUGAAUUGCGGUUUCGAGGACUGUUUAGUGUUGAGUGAAACACUUGAUGCCUGCAAUGGCGACAUAUGUAAGACACUUUCUAUGUAUUCUGAAAAACGAGUGAAAGAUGCGCACACCAUCAUCGACUUAGCCAUGUAUAACUAUGAAGAGUUGAAAGAUUUAGUAAAUCAUCCGUCGUAUAAACUUCGAAAAAAGCUAGAUCUGUUUUUGAAUCGAAUUUUUCCAAAAACAUGGAUCCCCCUCUAUUCUAUGGUCACAUUCACAAGAAUACCAUACCACCAAGUAAUGGAAGACCGGGGUUGGCAGGAUAAGGUGUUGAAGAAGAUCAAGUAUUCUACAAUGAACAUCAUAGCACUCUUAACCAUUCUUGGAGUGUACGUCGCGAGAAAACAUGGAAAGCUUCACUUGAAAUAA